AUGGAUUCGUCUGCACCUUUAUUGUCAUCUACUGGAGCCGGUAUCCGCAGAUCCUCUUCUGCGUUGGUAAGAUGUAUUGAAGUUUCCAAAGUAGUGUUCCAUUCGUCUCCGGUAAACUAUUUGCUCGUUUUUGUUCCGCUAGGAUUAAUCUUCGGAUAUGGACAGUUAUCUACCACCUGGGUUUUCGUAUUCAAUUUCAUGGCCAUUAUCCCAUUAGCAGCAAUCCUAGCCUUUGCAACUGAACAGCUUUCUGAAAAGGCCGGUAGUACCUUAGGUGGGUUGUUGAAUGCAACUCUAGGUAAUGCUGUCGAGUUGAUUGUCUCUAUCAUUGCUUUGAAAGAGGGCCAAAUUAGAAUUGUUCAAGCUUCAAUGCUUGGUUCUCUAUUGUCCAACCUAUUAUUGGUAUUGGGAUUCUGUUUCUUGUUCGGUGGAUAUAACAGAGUUCAGCAGAAAUUCAACCAGACUGCAGCACAAACGAUGAGUUCUUUGUUAGCCAUUUCAAGUGCAUCGUUAUUGAUUCCUGCUGCGUUCAAGGCCACUUUACCUCACGAUAAGGGCACUUCUCAUCUUGUUGAUGAUAAGAUUCUGUCACUAUCAAGAUCUACUUCCAUCGUGCUAUUGGUCGUUUACGUAUUGUUUUUGAUUUUCCAACUUGGUUCUCAUCGUGUCAUGUUCGAAGAACAAACCGAAGAAACUGAAGAAGUAUUGAACAUCCAUCAACAACACGAACAAAUUUCAGAAUCAAUGAGUUUGAGAUCCUCGUUGAUCUUCUUAGCAAUCACUACUAUUCUCGUGUCCAUCUGUGCCGAUUUCCUCGUUGGGACCAUCGAUGACAUCGUCGUGAGUACCGGUCUAUCGAAAACUUUCAUCGGUCUUAUUGUGAUUCCAAUCGUCGGCAAUGCAGCAGAGCACGUAACAAGUGUCAUCGUUGCCAUGAAGGACAAAAUGGACUUGGCCCUAAGUGUUGCCAUUGGGUCCUCACUACAAAUUGCCCUUUUCGUGACUCCAUUCAUGGUACUAGUGGGAUGGGCCAUUGAUGUGCCAAUGACAUUGAACUUCUCUACAUUCGAGACCGUUAUUAUGUUGGUUUCGGUGUUCCUAUCUAACUACUUGAUCCUCGAUGGUGAAUCCAAUUGGAUGGAAGGGUCCAUGUCGCUAGCCAUGUAUGCGCUAGUCGCCUUGGCAUUCUUCUACUACCCAGAUGAACAGGCAGUGAAUUAA